AGCUAGGCAAGAGAGUUCCGCAGCGGUAGAAAGCAUGGAAGGAUGUUUCAGACGGCUGGGUCAAUUCACUUUUGGUUUUAUUAAGCAGCCGGCUGCAAGUAGGCUAAGCGGCUGCGGUGGACGGAAGAUAAGUCAGCUGACAUGGAGCCACCGUGAGAGCGUCCUGCAUAGAUUUCAAUCGGCGGCUGGCAUCGGUCGCCUUUGCCCUUCAGGCUAUCCAAAAAACAGGAGACAAAUUGUUUGCCACUUUUGCACAGCUGAUGAUCAUAGUGUCUCCUGUCAACAGCUCAAAGAUUUGUUGGAAUCAAAGGCCAUCCAGCUUAUUGAUGUUAGAGAAAAAUUGGAAAUUGCAGAGCAUGGAAAAAUUCCUGGCUCAAUCAAUAUUCCAUUGGGAGAACUUAUGGAAGCUUUACAGAUGGACCCAGUAUAUUUUAAAGAGAAAUACAACCAAGAUAUGCCUUCUAAAUCAGAUCACAUAGUGUUUUCCUGUUAUAUUGGAGUGAGAAGCAAACAGGCUUUAGCUGUUGCAAAAUCAUUGGGUUUCAGCAGAGUUCAGCAUUUUCCUGGUGGCUUCAGCGAAUGGCAGGAGUGUGACUCUUCAAAGAAGAAAUGAUAUCUAGAAUACACAAACUAUAUUAAAUAUUUGCAGAAAUAAUAUCAAGAAAUACAUUUUUGUAUAUGCAGAGGAAACGGACUAGAGACAUGUAUCUGUGGUAAGAUUUCUAUAUGCAACUUUUAAAUUAGGGACACAAUCUAUUUCUGCAUAAACAACUUCUGUAAAAUUGCUGAGAGAUUGCAUAACAUGAAAACAAUGAAUUUCCAGUACAGUGCGCUAUGUGCUGAAUGGUAUGAGGACCAUUAUAACCCCACUUUAAAAUAAUGAAACUGAUAAAAUUUUAUUAACUCAUUUGAAUAUGGAAAAUAGCUCUUCAACUUUCGGUGUAUGUUUCUCUUCUCAUAGUCAGAGAGAAAAAAGGCAAACACGUUACUUGCAACUUGUGAUAAGGCACUCCAGAUAAUUUUUUAAUUUUUUUAAAUUUUUAAAAAUGUAUGAUACACCCAUGUGUUCUGAUGCAGUACUUGUAAGAAUUAUUGCUUAUGGUUCUGAAAUAAAAUAGUCAAUGUUGUUAA